CAAACCUUGGCCGCCUUAAUAUUAAAAAGUGAAGUGAAGUGAAACCUGAGUGUCAAACGGACAUCUUACAUCAUUGUCAUUCUCACAUUUUAUAGACAUUUUAAAAUAAUUUCUAGGCUCACAUUGUCUCGCAUGAUCUUAUCAAAAAUCAAACAAAGUUAACAAAUAAACAUUCCAAAAAAAUAUAUAUUUAUUCAAAAGAAAGCUAGGAAUUCUGAAAUAUAGGCUUACAUCCGGGCGGGUCCUGCGACUUCCGCACCUUGACCCAGGUGGGCGGAACCGCGCAAUAGGUCAGGGGGUGCCGCGCGGGGCGCGUGUUUGGGCGGCGUAGUAGCGUAGUGACGUCAGCCAGCCAGUAUCGACCACCGCAGCCGUCACAACACCUACCCCACCCCCCACCGCAGGCCCCGGCGAGCACCGCGCAUCUACGCAUCGCGCCGCCCGGAAGUUUGCCCACGCUAAUGGAAAACAGUUCAGAAUUUACCAACAUCUAUGGACCACCCACACUUCAAUUACUUUUCGCAGGCUUUGCGUCGUAUCUCGACUUGAUGCGCAAUUAUUUUGAUGCCACAUUUUAUAAAACAACUUCAAAGUUCAGACGCCAAGCACUCAAAACACUCGCUAAAUAUAACAUGCGUAGUUAUUUUCGGCUAUUUGUAAAUAUCCUACGCAUCAUGAAGAUUGUAUAAAUGUCAACAACAUGUCCAAGGUUUCCGGAGAAAGCCUCAAUCAACCAUUAAAGCGCUUCAAAAAAGUUCCCGUUUACGUCGUAGAAGAGCACAAUGAAGCUUUACAAUUUAUUUACUCCGCUAUUGGGGGGAAAAAAUUGCCGUUAGAAGGGACCACGAUGUUACAUUUUGAUGCUCACCCGGACAUGCUCAUAGACCGGAAAAUGAAAGGUGCAGAAGCGCGGGCAGGAAAGAAUCUGUUGCCACUGUUACAAAUAGAGAACUGGAUAGUUCCUGCGGCGGCGGCCGGACACUUGCGCCGCGUGGUGUGGAUGCGCCCGCCCUGGGCGACACAGUUCUCCGACGGCACUCGCGACAUCCGAGUCGGCGACCACCCGCACACCGGCCAGCUCAGAGUUGACAGCAAAGAACCAUACUACAUGUCCGACGCUCUGUAUUCAACACAUCUUUUGAACGAACGAACGUUUACAUUUACAGUGGCAGAAAUAGCAGAGCCGACCCGGAAGAAAUCUGAUGACGAGCUACAAAAAUUAGUCGAUACUAUCAGUAUAUCUAAACCUUAUGUCCUCGAUAUAGAUUUAGACUUCUUUAGUACGGGUAACCCGUUUUUAAACUUGUAUGACAAAAUAAGUUUAUACGAUCUUUUAGAGCCAAUAUUCAAUUUUAAUUUGCCAGAAAAUGACGACGUUGAAACAGUAGAGAAAGUUGUAAAACAAAGGGAAGAGCAGCUCAAUGAGCUCGAGAAUAUAUUUGAGCACCUUGAAGAAAAUGGAAAUCUCCAGGCAUAUGAGGGGGAAAAAACAGAUCUAUUAACUAAGGUAUCAGUUGUAGUCGAUGCAGUGACUAAAGAAGCGGAACGCCUUGGCGACAGUCCGGAUUGGUUCGCCAUAUUUGCGGGCGGUUGCACCCGGGACCAGGGAGGGCUGCCCUUUCACAUCAGCACGGAGCAAGAGGUCGAAGACAUGGUCAAUCAGUCGCUGCUGCCUCUACUGAGAAGAUUGCCCGCACCGGUGCUGAUCACUGUGGCGAGGUCCACUGAUGAUGGUUACUGUCCCAAACAUCAGGUCGAUUUCAUCCAGUCGCUUGUUUUGAAAACUCUACAAGAAGUGUUUGAUACAGGUGAACCAGCUCUCCACUAUUUGACUGUGAAUAGUAACCGUGUGAUAUGAUAAAUAUAAGAAUAUACUGUAAUGUAUAAGUAUAACCUU